CACGUUUCCGGCGAUGGGGGUACCGAGAGAGCCGAUGUGUGUGCCUACGGCGGCGACGGCUGCAUCACAUAAAUGCCACACGCCGCCGCCGCCUAGGUGAAGAACGCGGACACUGCAGUCCUCGCGUUGCAGAGGGAUAUCAUCUCGUGAAUUCUUUUUUCGAAGCUGCUCGAAUCAUCCACCGCCAAUGGCCCAUUCAGCGAAGCGUCGUGCCCACGACGAGUCCUCCAACGGCGCCGGCUCAAACGGCGACGACAUGGGAAGCGUAUAUGGCUCUCGUUACGCCGUGUCCGAGCUCCCGUCUGACGACAUGCCCGACGGCCCUAUGCCUCCCGGGACGGCUUAUCGCCUCAUCAAGGACGAGCUCAGUCUCGACAACAACCCGCAGCUCAAGUAAGGCCGUGACUUCGUCCGUGGCAGUAGUGCUCCCUGUGAACUUCAGAUACCUAGAACGCGCAGAUGACGGCGGCGGCUGACGUGCCACCCGGCAGCCUCGCAUCGUUUGUGUCCACGUACAUGGAAAAGGAGGCCGAGCAACUCAUGACCGAGGCCAUGUCCAAAAACUUCAUCGAUUACGAAGAAUACCCACAGACGGCCGAGAUACACAGCCGCUGCGCCCGCAUGAUCGGCUCCCUCUUCCACGCGCCCAAGGACACCUCCAUCGGCACCUCGACCGUCGGCUCGUCCGAGGCCAUCAUGCUCGCCGUCCUUGCCAUGAAGAGGCGCUGGAAACUGCGCCGCGAGGCCGACGGCAAGCCCGCAGACCGCCCAAAUAUCAUCAUGUCCUCCGCCGUGCAGGUGUGCUGGGAAAAGGCGGCCCGCUACUUUGAGAUUGAGGAAAAGUACGUUGACUGUACUAGGGCCCGCUUCGUCAUCGAUCCGACCCAGGCCGUUGCGCUGUGUGAUGAGAACACCAUUGGCAUCGUCGCCAUCUUGGGCACCACGUAUACGGGGUCGUACGAGGAUGUCAAGGCUAUUAGCGACUUGCUAGUGAAGCAGGGUUCCGGGGUUCCGAUUCACGUAGACGCGGCGAGCGGUGGGUUCGUUGCGCCGUUUGUUCGUCCGGAGCUAGAAUGGGACUUUAGGGUCGAGAGAGUGGUGUCCAUCAAUACCUCGGGACACAAGUACGGUCUUGUCUAUCCCGGCGUUGGGUGGGUGGUCUGGAGGUCAUCCGAGUACCUCCCCAGCGACCUGGUCUUCAACAUCAACUACCUCGGCGCGGACCAGACGUCCUUUACACUCAACUUCUCCAAGGGUGCAUCGCAGGUCAUCGGGCAGUACUACCAGCUGAUCCGCCUAGGCAAGGCGGGCUACCGGGACAUCAUGCGCAACCUGACGCAGACGGCCGACUACCUGACCAACGCGCUGCGCGAGAUCGGCUUCGUCAUUCUUUCGGAGACGUCGGGUCGCGGACUACCGUUGGUGGCGUUCCGCUUUCCCGGCAAAGACGAGGGCGAGCCCGAAGACGCCGACUUUGACGAGUUCGCACUGGCUCUCUACCUGCGGGCACGCGGCUGGGUCGUGCCCGCAUACACCAUGGCGCCCGAGACGGAUAAGAUGAAGAUGAUGCGAAUCGUCGUUAGGGAGGACUUUUCCCGCAGCAGAUGCGACCUCUUGAUCAAAGACAUCAAGCUGUGCUGCCACCAUCUCGAGCAGGACAGCCAGCAGUUCAUCAAGCGUAUGGAGGAGCACGCCAGCGAGCAUUCGGUCGCUAAGCGUAAGACAAAGGAUCCGCUCAACAAUCCGCGGCACGAGCACAAGCGGGUGAAGCACUCCCUCCAGGGAAAGACUGGGAAGAGCCACGCUGUAUGUUGACGAGGUGGACGCCGAGAGCGCCGCUCAGACGAGGCUCUUCAUCCGGGUAGAUGUACUGCUAAAAGAA